UUAAUACAUUUAAAAUACAAGUCAUUUAUGAACAAAAUCGUGCCACAAAGUGUUUUUUUUUUUUCGCUUUUAAACGACAUGAAAUGCGAGAUAAAAUUGAUGGUUUUCGUUUUAUUUCUAAUGAAAGGUAAUUCAAUGCGACAAUUUUUUACUAAGUGUUGAAAAUACUAAAAAAUACUAAUUCACUUCAACACGAGCAAUAGCGUAUCCAUCAUGGAAAAGAAACGACAUAACGAUACAUAUGAAUAAAACCAUUUUUAAGCUAUUUCAAAGCGUUAAAACAGUAGUGGUGAGCAACUUGUUGAGAAGAAUACAGAAUCUCGAACCAAACACGUACGAAUACAAUUUAAGUCGACCAAUAGAAGGAUUUCAAGAUAGGAUUAUUUUCUGCGAUGUCACUAUUCAAGACAUCUGGUUGUACAAGAGAUCCAAGCACAUCGAUUAUGAUUUUUUAAACAAUAAAAUUAAAAUAGAAUUGGAUGAAACCGAUAUACAUUUCGGAGCAGAUGUGUACUCAGCCAGAGAUACUUAUUACGGCAGCUUUUACGCAGUCAUGGAGAUUAAACAUGGAUGUCUCAUAAACGUGGCGAAAUUACCGGGAAAUGAUCUCGACAAAGUAUUUCAAAUUGACAUGGAAUUCUCCAAUUCGAGUAACAUCACGUAUAACAUUUUCAACGAAAGUGUGACACGUAACAGCGACCUAGUCAAAGAAAUCGAAUCCAAACUGCCAUCUAUAUUGCUCGAUAACAUGAAAAACAAUCAAAUCUUCUUACAAUCUUUAAACAACAGCUACGGUUUCCAUCCAAAAAGACAUCUGCUAGCCCAACGUCGAGGAUACAUGAAUCGCGAACAACUCUACAACUACCGGAUACCCACUGCUCCACACUUUUGUUUCAAAUUAAUCAACAUCACCAUCAGAGGAAUGUCGAAUUUUCAUUCUCUCAAAUUCCACCAGUUUCCUAAAACCUACGUUCACACUUUGCUGAUAAAAGAUAUCCGAGGAAACGUGAUUUUGGAUUAUGGGCGCGAAUCUGAGCCUUAUUUGAAAUUCAAUUUCCACGCGGAUUAUCUUUCAAUUUCGAAGGAUAGGUUUACAGAACGUUAUGGCAUUGGAUUAAAAGUAGGUGCGCAUUGGUGUACGGUUAAUACAGCUGAAGGGAAUAUUCCAGUGACCAGUAUUCAAUCAGAGGGCAUAGUGAGGAGUAUCGAAUCAGCCAUUGCGUUUUCGUUUAUGCCACGAUUCAAUGUUUGGAAAGCGCAUGAAAUUGACGAUCCAAUGGAACAGAAAUGCUCAGAAAUAUCCUCAGAAUUGGAUUGGAACAAGACGAAGGAAUUAUGCAAGAAGUGGAUUCCAUUCAAUGAAGACUAUAGUCAAUUUAUUACCGAAGAUACUAUUGCUACUAAAAUUUUUAAAAGGAAUGUAGCCCGGAAAAUUGCGAAUAAUUCUACAAGAACGUACAUAAAAAACAAAACGAAGAUUCAAAAUUAUUUAUAGAAUAUACAACUGAAUUCAACAACUCUAGGUAUUCAUCUCCUCAUCAGUAAACUAAGAGAGAAAAGAUCUCUUUCUUCAGCAAACAUUUUUUAAAACUUCCAAAAGGUUGUUAUUUACAUUUUUUCUUUUGGUACCUAAUAAGUAGGUAUGUACAACUUGACGAUUUUCAUUUUUCAACAAUAUUUUAUACAUUUUUUCUAAUAAAUUAUUACA